UGUUCCGGACUUCAACACUCACCCCUUGUCCCCACGCAGGGCUAUGGCGUGUGCUCGGUGGUGCUGGAGCGGCUGGCUUACCUCCUCAUGGCUUACAGCCUGGGCGCCUCAGUCGCCUCACUCCUAGGCCUGCUGGGCUUGUGGCUGCCACGCCCGGUGCCCCUCAUGGCUGGAGCAGGGGUGCACCUGCUGCUCACCUUCAUCCUCUUUUUCUGGGCCCCUGUGCCUCGGGUCCUUCAACACAGCUGGGUCCUCUGUGUGGCAGCUGCCCUUUGGGGUGUGGGCAGCACCCUGAACAAGACUGGACUCAGCACACUCCUGGGAAUCUUGUACGAAGACAAGGAGAGACAGGACUUCAUCUUCACCAUCUACCACUGGUGGCAGGCUGUGGCCAUCUUCACCGUGUACCUGGGCUCGAGCCUGCACAUGAAGGCUAAGCUGGCGGUGCUGCUGGUGACGCUGGUGGCGGCCGCGGUCUCCUACCUGCGGAUGGAGCAGAAGCUGCGGCGGGGCGUGGCCCCGCGCCUGCCCCGCAUCCCGCGGCCCCAGCACAAGGUGCGCGGUUACCGCUACUUGGAGGAGGACAACUCGGACGAGAGCGACGCGGAGGGCGAGGAUAGGGACGGCGCUGAGGAGGAGGCGCCGCCCGCGGGGCCCAGGCCUGGUCCCGAGCAGGCUGGACUCGGCCGCCGGCCCUGCCCGUACGAACAGGCGCAGGGGGGCGACGGGCCGGAGGAGCAGUGAGGGGCCGCCUAGUCCCCGGACUCAGCCUCCCUCCUCGCUGGCCUUAGUUUACCACUUCUUAGGUCGGGGGGACCCCCUCCGAGUCCCGCGCUGUCUUCAAAGGCCCCUGUCUCCCGUCCCCCACGUUGGGGACGCCCCUCCCAGAGCCCGGGUCACCUCCGGGCUUCCGCAGCCCCCUCCAAGGCGGAGUGGAGCCUUGGGAACCCCUCGGCCAAGCACAGCGGUUCGAAAAUACAGCUGAACCCAGUGGGCCCUUAGCACGCGCCCCAGCACUGGAGCAGGGUCAGGGUCUUCUUGCGACCCGGCUCCGCUCCAGAUCCCCCCAGCUCUCGGCCGCGGACCCGGGCCGCGUGUGAGCGCGCUUUGCACCUCCUAUCCCCAGGGUCCGCCGAGAGCCACGAUUUUUUACAGAAAAUGAGCAAUAAAGAGAUUUUGUACUGUC